GGGUGGGGAGAGAGAGAGAGAGAGCGCUUAUAUAACCACAGCUCUUGGUGAAAAGCUUAGGAGCUGCAGGGACGUUUUGCCGGACAUUAGGCGGAGGAAUCAGCGCAGACACUCGGUCCUAUUAACCCGAGGAGGAGCCGUGAUGGCACAGAGACGGGGACGCUGUGCGCGGCGCUCCGCUGCUGAAGCUUUUCCUCUGGGAUUGUUUUGCAGCCAGUGACCACAGUCUGGACAUUGUUUCCUCCUCUGUUCUUCAACCACAACCUUCUGGCUACUAAUGUUUGUCUGCUGGCUAUGAAGAAUGAAGAAACAGGAUCGACAUGUUUGGCAGACGCUGCCAGACUCAGUGUCAAGUUUAAGUUUUUGCUUCUGAUCCAUGAAUCUGUCUUUCAUUGAGGUGAGGGACAGAAAAGAUUGUGGGAAUGGUGGCGCCACUCUGUAAGCUGCACUGCCUCCUAAAGCGUGCUCAGAUGCUGCUGCUCUGCCUGGGUAUAGCCUAUCUGAUGGCAGGCAGCAUUCUGCUGCUACAGCGCUCCAGUGUCAGACUGGCCCAGACAAACCCUGCUGGUCUGCCACCCAUGCUGUCCAUCGCUGCACCCCCCACUGUUCUCAGGCCUGCGGAACUGGCCACCAGAACACGUUCCAGAUGGGCUUCUUUUCAGUCUGCGUCUGGAGGGGCACCCAAAGCAGGGCGACACUGGCCCGCUCCACGAAGCCUCGGGGUUCAACACUUGCACCGGCACUGGUUUCACAAUCUUCUGCCAGACAGUCCAGAGCAGAGAGUGUCCAUGCACAGAAGCAGCAAACACAAGGGAACCUACAUCGGCUGCUUUCUGCACAAUGCCACUAACCGAGCCCUGGGAGGAACCAUGCUUUAUGACCUGCGUAAAAUGACCAGCUCUCUGUGUCAGGACACUUGCUCAGAAAGUGGUUACCAGUUUGCAGGCCUGGAGUAUGGAGCUGAAUGCCACUGCGGGAACCGCAUCAGUAGCCCACGGGCUCCGGAGGAGGACUGUAGUCUGGCAUGUCGGGUUGAGAGAGGGUCUCCGUGCGGAGGCGUGGGUCGACUCUCCAUUUACAAAGUAGAGGAGCAGCUGCCAGGUCACAGAAAAUUCAGAAAUGUUCACUACUGCGGCUGCUUCAAGUUGCCCAGAACCACCGUCGACUCCUUCCCCGUCUUCACCUUUCAACCCAAUGCAACAGCUCAGUCCUGCAUAGAGACCUGCACUGAUAAGGAGCUUCCUCUGGCUGGCUUCAGAAAACAACACUGUUUCUGCACACCGAUGUCACCGGUGUUCAAUCUUGAUGCUGCUCUGAACCACACCAGUAACUCCACACACACAGCACCUGCUGACCAUGACCACUACCAGGUGUAUCACACACCUGUGCUUGAUUCCAGGUGCAAGGAGAGGAUGUUCCUGCCCCAGAGAUCCAGCUCCCUGGUGGCUCUUUCCAGUUUUCCUGGUGCAGGAAACACCUGGGUGCGACACCUCAUCGAGCUCGUGAGCGGAUACUACACUGGCAGCUUCUACUUCGAUGGCACACUGUACAACAGAGGCUUCAAAGGUGAGAAGGAUUAUUGGAAGGGCGUCCGCAGCAUCUGCGUGAAGACCCACGAGAGUGGUCAGAAAGAGAUCGAGAUGUUCGACGCUGCCAUCCUGCUGAUUCGAAACCCUUACCGCUCCCUGAUGGCUGAGUUUAACCGCAAAUGUGCCGGACAUUUGGGACACGCCACAGAUACACAGUGGCAAAGCAAAGACUGGCCAGAAUUUGUUUCCAGCUACGCCCCCUGGUGGACAUCCCAUGCUCUGAGCUGGUUGAAGUUUGGCCGCAACUUGCUGGUAGUUCACUAUGAAGAGCUGCAGAAAUCUCUCGUCCAUCAGCUCCGUGUCAUCACAGCUUUUCUAAACAUCACCAUGACUGAAGAAAGACUGCUCUGUGCCCAGACCAACCAGCAUGGGCACUUUAAACGUUCAGGGGCUCAGAGACCGUCCUUUGACCCCUUCACCCCUGACAUGAAACAGAUGAUAGAUUCCUUCAUCCACACUGUUGACCAGGCACUGCUGGACAGAAACUUUAGUGGACUUCCACAGGAAUACCUUCCUAGAUGAUGAGCUCAGAAGGUCACAGGUCUCAGCUCUUCACUGAGCGCUCGACGGGGAGCAGACACACACAGGCCGACCAAAGUGGACCACAACAGCUGUUUUAACUCAUAUGUGCUCUCUCUCAUGGAGACAGAGCAAAGAUCACAGGAGAAAAACAUGAACAUUCACAGUGGGCAUGAAAGCAGCAGAGAUGGGGGACUUGCCCCUCAGCAGGUCAUCUAUGACAAAUACUCAGAGAGAAGAUUUGUAUGACUGCUAUGUUGGGAUUAUCCAGUGAAGUGCCUGUCUGCACAAAUAUGAGCUCAAAUACUGGGUGGACUUAUUUUUGUUAAACGGGGGUCUUUUGUGAAACUUUACAAAUUGACUUUACUUCAUAUACAGUAGGUUUCUGGCAGACAACCGUGUUAAUAAAAUUAAACUAAUAAAAAUGUUCGACACUGGG